AUGCUUUCUGUCUUCAGGUGCAGUGUCAACAUGAGGAUUUCGCUGACACAUUUUGACUUUCUCUGCUUUCAUUUACAUUGGGUUAUCAUUGCUCAUUUUCGGGUUUAAACUUUAUUUAAUAGAACAUAGAAAACGAUUAUUUGAAUGAACUACAUUGUCCUCCUCGAUGCAUUACAACAAAAUCUAAAGUAGCUCGAAUGAGGGUUCUUAGCCCUCGGUGAGGAAGAGCAACAUUCGAUACGCGUAGCACUCCAAGAAGUUGUUGCAGUCAAGUGGAGAAGACAGAAGGGGGACAAAGUUUGUAUUUCAGUUUAUCAUUUUCAAGGGGAAAGACACCUAAGAUGUCGGAUUCAAUGUCCAGCUUUUUGCACAUUGGGGACAUCGUUUCCCUUUACGCAGAGGGCUCUGUCAAUGGUUUUAUAAGUACACUUGGGUUGGUGGAUGACCGAUGUGUGGUAGAACCAGCUGCAGGGGACCUGGACUAUCCCCCCAAGAAGUUCAGAGACUGCCUCUUCAAAGUGUGUCCCAUGAACCGCUACUCUGCACAGAAACAGUUCUGGAAAGCCAAGCAGGCCAAGCACGAGAAGGACAAGAUCGCUGAUGUUGUGCUACUUCAGAAACUACAGCAUGCUUCUAACCUGGAACAGAAACAGAAUGAGACAGAAAACAAGAAAGUCCACGGAGAUGUAGUAAAAUAUGGCACUGUCAUUCAGCUCCUGCAUAUGAAGAGUAAUAAAUACCUGACUGUGAAUAAGCGUCUGCCUGCCCUGCUGGAGAAGAAUGCCAUGCGGGUCACCCUGGACGGGACGGGGAAUGAGGGCUCCUGGAUGUUCAUCCAACCCUUCUGGAAGCUAAGGGCCAACGGAGACAAUGUAGUGGUAGGAGAUAAAGUUAUCCUGAAUCCAGUGAAUGCAGGCCAGCCUCUACAUGCCAGUAACUAUGAGCUCUCCGACCACGCUGGAUGCAAAGAGGUUAACUCUGUGAACUGCAAUACUAGCUGGAAAAUCAACCUGUUCAUGAUGUUCAGUGACCACAAGGAUGAAGUCUUGAAAGGAGGGGAUGUAGUGCGGUUGUUCCAUGCGGAGCAGGAGAAGUUCCUGACCUGUGAUGAGUACAAGGUCAAGCUGCAUGUGUUCCUCCGAACCACCCUGCGCCAGUCUGCUACCUCUGCCACCAGCUCCAAUGCCCUGUGGGAAGUGGAGGUGGUGCAUCAUGAUCCAUGUCGAGGAGGGGCUGGACAUUGGAACAGUCUGUAUCGCUUUAAACACCUUGCCACAGGGAACUAUCUUGCAGCUGAGGAAAAUCCGGGUUAUAAAGGUGACAGCGUUGAAAUCCAGACUUCGGUGAGUGAAGAUACGCUGGACAGUAGAGGAAAACUAAAGAUUUUGGGUGAGAGGAUAAAGUACAAGCUGGUGGCUGUGCCUCAUGGGAAUGACAUUGCCUCCUUGUUUGAGCUAGACCCCACCACUCUGCAGAAAACAGACUCCUUUGUGCCAAGGAAUUCAUAUGUGCGCCUCAGACACCUAUGCACCAACACAUGGAUCCAGAGUACCAACGUGCCCAUAGAUAUCGAUGAGGAGAGACCAAUCCGGCUCAUGCUGGGCACCUGCCCUACCAAGGAGGAUAAGGAGGCCUUUGCCAUCGUGUCAGUGCCAGUGAUGGAGAUCCGGGACCUGGACUUUGCCAAUGAUGCCAGUUUCAUGUUGAGCACCAUAGUGGACAGGUUCAAUGAGGGCUUUAUCAGUCCCAAUGACAGAAGGUUUGCCAUUAAGCUGCUGGAGGACCUGGUGUUCUUCGUGGUGGACACGCCCAACAGUGGCCAGGUUGUGCUGGAUGUGGCGAUGACCAAGGCCAACCGCGAGAGACAGAAACUCAUGAGGGAGCAAAACAUCCUCAAACAGAUCUUUGGGAUCCUGAAGGCCCCUUUCAAAGAUAAAGGGACAGAGGGCCCAUUGCUGCGAUUGGAGGAGCUGUCAGACCAGAAGAAUUCCCCCUACCAGUACAUGUUCCGUCUCUGUUACCGGGUGCUGCGACACUCACAGGAAGACUACCGCAAGAACCAGGAGCACAUAGCCAAGCAGUUCGGGGUGAUGCAGUCUCAGAUUGGCUAUGACAUCCUGGCUGAGGACACCAUCACUGCUCUGCUGCACAACAACCGCAAGCUGCUGGAGAAGCACAUCACCAAGACGGAGGUGGAGACCUUCGUUAGCCUGGUCCGCAAGAACAGGGAACCCAGGUUUCUGGACUACCUGUCAGAUCUGUGUGUGUCCAACAACAUGGCCAUUCCUGUCACUCAGGAGCUGAUCUGUAAGUGUGUGCUGGAUCCCAGGAACCAAGACAUCCUCAUAAAGACUGAACGGCGUGUGGCCAAAGAGAUUCCCAGUGCCACUGAAUACAUGGGCAUGGAGGAGUAUGCUGACGAUGAUGAGGUGUGGCUGGUCUGGACUGACAAGACCAAUGAGAAGCAAGAGAAGGGCAUCAGACAGCUAGCCCAGGAGGCCAGACAGGGGAACGCUCAUGACGAGAACGUGCUCACGUACUACAGGUACCAGCUGAAGCUGUAUGCACGGAUGUGUCUGGACCGCCAGUACCUGGCCAUAGAUGAGAUCUCCAAGCAGCUGGAUGUGGAGCUCAUCUUCCUGUGCAUGAUGGACGAGACACUACCCUUUGACCUGCGCGCCUCUUUCUGCAGACUGAUGCUGCAUGCGCACGUCGACCGAGACCCCCAGGAGCUGGUCACGCCCGUCAAGUUCGCCCGUCUCUGGACAGAGAUCCCCACUUCCAUCACAAUUAAAGAUUAUGACUCCAACAUGGAUGACUCGCGGGACAAUAAGAAGAACAAGUUUGCCAACACCAUGGUGUUCAUGGAGGAGUACCUCAACAACGUUCUCAAUGAUGACUUGCCUUUCGCUGACGAGGAAAAGAACAAACUGACCUAUGAGGUAGUGAGCUUGGCCAGACACCUCAUCUACUUUGGCUUCUACAGUUUCUUUGAGCUGCUAAGGUUGACACGGACCCUUCUGGGAAUCAUCGACUGCAUCCCCAACCCUUCACUCAUCAACCCCAUGUUCCAGGACGAUGGCAGUGGGAAGAACAUGAAGCGUUCCAUCCAUGGUGUUGGCCAGAUUAUGUCCACCAUGGUACUGAGCAGGAAACAGUCCAUGUUUGGAGGUCCAGGCCGGAGUGCUUCCAACAUAGAGGGCCAGAACCGCAGCAAGGACAGCAUCGACAAACAGGACGUCACUGUCAUGGACACCAAGCUGAAAAUACUGGAAAUUCUGCAGUUUAUCCUGAAUGUCCGCUUGGACUAUCGGCUCUCCUUCCUGCUUUCUGUCUUCAAGAAGGAGUUUGUUGAUGUUUAUCCCAUGGCAGAUGCCGAUGCUACAACAUCAAUGGAGCAAACAGCCACCAUCAACCUGCAGCACAUAGGAGAGCAGGCAGAGGCCAUGUUUGGUGUGGGGAAGGGGAACAGUAUUCUGGAGGUGGAUGAUGAGGGAGGUCGUAUGUUCCUGAGGGUGCUGAUCCAUCUCACCAUGCAUGACUACCCUCCUCUGGUCUCUGGAGCUCUACAGCUGCUCUUCAAACACUUCAGCCAGAGACAGGAGGUGUUGCACACAUUCAAACAGGUCCAGUUGCUGAUCUCGGGCCAGGAUGUUGAUAACUACAAGCUGAUAAAGAGCGACCUUGACCAUCUCCGCACCACGGUGGAGAAGUCUGAGCUCUGGGUGGACAAGAAGAGCAGCUCUGGAGGAGGGGAGGGGAAGAAAGACAAGAAGGACAAAAAAGAGAAUGUAGAGAUGGCCUCAGAGGAUGCGACCCCCAAGAAAGAGAAGUCUGAAAAGAGCAAUGAGAACUACCAGAAAGUCAAAGAUAUCUUGGAGCGUCUGAAUAAGAUGUGCAGCUCGGGUGUGUGGAAGAAACAGCAGAGACUCCUGAAGAACAUGGGAGCCCACAAAGUGAUGCUGGACCUGCUGCAGGUGUCGUACGAUCAGCAUGACACCAAGAUGCAGGGGAUCAUCAAGAGCACUCACCUGUUCCUGCAGAAGUUCUGCAUGGGGAACCUGGAGAACCAGAUGCUCCUUCAUAAGAACCUCAGCCUCUUUCUCAACCCAGGACUCAUGGAGGCAGAGACAGUGCAGCACAUCUUUAGCAAUAACUACCAGCUGUGUACAGAGAUCAGUGAGAACGUGCUGCAGCAUUUCAUCCACUGCCUGGCCACUCACGGACGCCACGUACAGUACCUCAACUUCCUGCACACCAUCAUCAAGGCCGAGGGCAAGUACGUGAAGAAGUGCCAGGACAUGAUCAUGACUGAGUUAACCAAUGCUGGGGAGGAUGUGGUGGUGUUUUAUAAUGACAAGGCGUCAUUUUCCACCAUGCUGGAGCUGAUGGCAGAGUCCAGGGAGGGGGUUCAGGAGAACAGCCCCCUGCGCUACCACAUCUCUCUGGUGGAGCUGCUAUCUGCCUGCGCUGAGGGCAAGAACGUCUACACAGAGAUCAAAUGUACCUCACUGCUGCCCCUAGAGGAUGUGGUGAGAGUGGUCACACAUGAGGACUGCAUCACAGAGGUGAAGGUUGCCUAUGUGAACUUUGUGAACCACUGCUACGUAGAUACAGAGGUAGAGAUGAAGGAGAUUUACACCAGCAAUCACAUCUGGAAACUGUUUGAGGACUUCACUGUGGACAUGGCCAGGGUGUGUAACAAGAGAGAGAAGCGUCUGACUGACCCUAUCCUGGAGAAGUACAUCAUCAACGUGGUGUUUGAUACCAUCAAUGCCUUCUUCAGCUCCCCUUUCUCUGAAAACAGCACCUCUCUACAGACCCACCACACCAUAGUGACACAGCUGCUCCAGUCUAGCAUGCGUCUGCUGGACUGUCCCUGGCUGCAGCAGCAACACAGAGGCCUGGUGGAGACCUGCAUCCGCACCCUGGCCAUGACAGCAAAGUGUCGCUCCAUUUCCCUGCCUCUGGACCUGGAGUCUCAGAUCACCACCAUGCUGAGCAGCAGUGCUCCCAACGCUCUGUCCCGCUCCAACCCCAACUACAAGAGCUCGACCCGCUCCAGCCGCCCCUCCGCCCCCAACAACCCCUGGGAUUACAAGAACAUUAUCGAGAAGCUGCAGGACAUCAUCAACACCCUGGAGGAGCGUCUGAAGCCGCUGGUGAACGCUGAACUGUCUGUUCUGGUGGACGUCCUGCAGCAGCCUGAACUCCUCUUCCUGGAAGGGACGGACGCACGACAACGCUGCGAAUCAGGAGGCUUCAUCUCCAAACUGAUUCAGCACACUAAAGCCCUGAUGAGCUCAGAGGAGAAGCUCUGUAUCAAGGUUCUGAGGACCCUGCAGGAGAUGCUCAUACGCACACUGGACUUUGACGAGAAGGGCAUUGCACUGAGGAAAGUGCUGCUACAGAACUACCUCUUCACCAACAAGAAGAACAACAAGGGAGAUCUGGUUGAACAUGGAGCAACAGGUGCUGAACAGGAGAGAGAUUGGGCAGCUGUAGUUGCAGUCCAGUGUCGCCUGGACAGGGAGGGUGGCACAAAGCUCUUUACUGACCUCGUCAUGAGCACCAAGAACGACAAGAUCUUCCAGGAGAGCAUCCAGCUGGCCAUAUGUCUGCUGGAGGGGGGGAACACAGAGAUCCAGAACUCCUUCUACAAGCUGAUGAUGGGGGACAACAAGUCUGAGAAGUUCUUCAAGGUUCUCCACGACCGGAUGAAAAACGCCCAGAUGGACAUCAAGGCCAACGUAUCAGUCAGCGUGGGAGAGAUGAGUAACAAAGCCAAUGACAACAAAGACCUGGACACCAGCUCUGGUGGGUUGGUUCUACCUGCGACUACUCUGCCUCUCUUGGCCCCCUCCAUUGGCCAGGUCCCUGUCACUGCCCUGGCCUCAGAGCCUGAGCAGAAGGAGGUGGAGACAGAGAUGGGCCCUGCAAUCAUCAUUAUGAAACCCAUCCUGCGCUUCCUCCAGCUGCUCUGUGAGAACCACAACCAGGAUCUGCAGAACUUCCUUCGCUGCCAGAACAACAAGACCAACUACAACCUGGUGUGUGAGACACUGCAGUUCCUGGACAUCAUGUGUGGCAGCACCACGGGAGGCCUGGGCCUGCUGGGUCUCUACAUCAACGAGAGCAACGUGGGCCUCAUCACCCAGACCCUGGAGACGCUCACAGAGUACUGCCAGGGCCCCUGCCAGGAGAACCAGACUUGUAUAGUGACCCAUGAGUCGAACGGCAUCGACAUCAUCACAGCCCUCAUACUGAAUGACAUCAGUCCUCUGUGUCGUUACCGCAUGGAGAUGGUGCUGCAGCUCAAGGACAACGCCUCCAAGCUGCUGCUGGCUCUGAUGGAGAGUCGCCAUGACAGCGAGAAUGCAGAGAGGAUACUGUUCAACCUCCGACCUCGGGAACUGGUGAAGGUGAUAAAGAAAGCCUACCAGCAGGAGAGUGAAUGUGAAGGUGGAGAGGUUUCACCUCAAGAGGUCGGCCACAACAUCUACAUCCUGGCACUUCAGCUGGCGAGGCACAAUAAGAUUUUACUCAAUCUGCUGAAACCUGCAAAGAGGACCAAGGAGGGAGAGGAGGGCAUAUCCUCUAUGUUGAACCUGAACAACCGGCCGCUCUCACAAAUGUUGAAAUCUACCGUGCCGGUAGAGAGUGAGGAGCAGGACCCACUGGAGUUCUAUGAUCAGCACACUUCACAGAUAGAGAUUGUACGUGAGGACCGCAGCAUGGAGCAGAUCGUGUUUCCCAUUCAUCCCAUCUGUGAGUUCCUGACGGAGGAGUCCAAGUUCCGUGUGUUCAACACCACAGAGCAGGACGAACAGGGCAGCAAGGUCACACACUUCUUCCAGCAGGCCUCCUUCCUCCACAACGAGAUGGAGUGGCAGAAGAAGCUCCGCAGUAUGCCGGUGCUGUUUUGGUUCUCUCGCAGGAUGAGCACAUGGGGCAGCAUCUCCUUUAACCUGGCCGUCUUCAUCAACCUCAUCAUCGCCUUCUUCUACCCCUACGACUCAGGCCAAGGUGCGAUAGAUGACUCGAUGCUGUCCAUGCUGUUCUGGGGCUUCCUGGGUCUGUCUGUCAUGGGCAUGUUCUCCAAACGCUACGGCCUCAGGCCCUUCACUGUGGCCCUCAUACUGCGCUCCAUAUACUGCUUUGGCAUCGGCCCCACUCUCAUCCUACUGGGCACCCUCAAUCUGAUAAAUAAGAUAGUGUUUGUGGUGAGCUUCGUGGGCAACAAUGGGACAUUUAUCAUGGGCUACCGUGCGAUGGUGAUGGAUGUGGAGUUCCUUUACCACCUGGCCUAUGUUCUGACCAGCACCCUGGGGCUCUGUGUCCACGAACUCUUCUACAGCUUCCUGCUGUUUGAUCUGAUCUAUCGAGAGGAGACCCUGUUCAAUGUGAUAAAGAGUGUGACCCGUAAUGGGCGCUCCAUCCUGCUCACUGCCCUGCUGGCCCUCAUCCUGGUCUACCUGUUCUCCAUCGUGGGCUUCCUCUGCCUCAAGAACGACUUCAUCAUGGAGGUGGACCCUCUGCCUCAGAUAGACUCAGGAGGACAUGGCAAUGAGAAGGCGUCCCAGGACUUCCUGAACUCCUGCAGUGGAGAUGGAGUCAGCUGCACUGCCGAGGCAGGACUCCCUGCUGAACCUGAUGAGGAGAACAAUUCGGAGCGGGCCUGUGACACUCUGCUCAUGUGCAUUGUCACUGUGCUGAACCACGGGCUGAGGAACGGUGGUGGGGUGGGAGACGUGCUACGCAAGCCCUCCAAAAACGAGCCACUGUUCCCAGCCCGCGUCAUCUACGAUCUCCUCUUCUACUUUAUCGUCAUCAUCAUCGUACUCAACUUGAUCUUUGGUGUCAUCAUCGACACCUUCGCUGACUUGCGUAGUGAGAAACAGAAGAAAGAGGAGGUCCUCAAGACCACCUGCUUCAUCUGUGGUCUGGAGAGAGACAAGUUUGACAAUAAAACGGUGUCUUUUGAGGAGCACAUAAAGUUGGAGCACAACAUCUGGAACUACCUGUAUUUCAUCGUGCUUGUUCGCGAGAAGAACAAAACUGACUACACAGGUCCAGAGAGUUAUGUGGCACUCAUGAUAAAGAGUAAGAACCUGGACUGGUUCCCCCGCAUGCAGGCCAUGUCCCUGGUGGUGACGGAUGGAGACGGGGAGCAGAAUGAAAUGAGGAACCUGCAGGACAGACUGACGUCCACUAUGAACGUGGUCAGCCAACUCACAGGACAGCUAACAGAGCUCAAAGAGCAGAUGACGGAGCAGAGGAAGAGGAGGCAGAGGAUGGGCUUCGUGGAGUCAGGAGGAGCUGGUGCAGCUAGUAUAUCCCCCAGUGCUGCUGGAGGAAACCACCAGAUGUACAACAAACCCUGAUGUCCCAUCUUACUGCCAAGCCUAUCCAUCCAUCCAAUACUUUCAGUGUUGGAAUCAUCAAUCAUGUGUUAAACAUAGUGGCAAUGUUCCUAGUUGUGACUGAUGCUGAGAGGACUGAGUUACUGCUGUUGGGUUCUUUGUAAAUCCAUGUUUUUCUUCUUUAAGGGCCCCUUCAGUACUUCCAGUAGUCUGAAGCAAUAGAGGAACAUCAGCAAUCUUUGGGAAGAUCUCAAUUGCAUACUCCUCACAUCCUCUCCCCUCAUCUCCUUCUCAAAACCCAUUGGAUGAGAAAGCCAGAGGUCCCGCCCCUCUGACCUUCUCCUCCAAUGGAUUGAGGAGGAGAGAGGACGCGAGGAUUAUGCAAUUGAGCUUCCCCAUGUUCUUGGUCCAUGGGUGUUUGUCCUCACAGCCAUCUAUUAAUGGCAUUUGCACUGUUGCUGUGACAGACAUACCUCAGAUGAGGAAAUAAUGGGUAAUUGAUUCCUGCGAAGCAUCCAUCCUUUUAUUAGUCAUGUAUUUAUAUAGUAAUAUUAAUAUACACUGAUUAAUACAGUAGGCCCAUGAGUACCACAAUGUUUGAGUGUCUGAAGCAUGCAUGUGAUUUGGUUUGGAACACAUUUACUUGUCACAGGGCCAUUGGCCUGGUUAGAGAAGCGUCUCCAUUGCACUGCAAGUGCUUGCAUUGAAAAAUAGAUGCCUUGAGAGAUUAUCUUCUCUGACAGGCCUCAGUAAAAUUAAUUUGAUUUUAA